AUGAGCGUGGAUGCAUUGGGAAGCCCCGUGAUGGACCCUACGUUUUCCAAACGGAACACGGCGCUGAGAUUAGUUGACUUGGCAGGGGCUCACCACCAUCACCAUCAUCACCACCAUACCCCUCAGAGCGUGACAGGCUUCCCGGGGUUCAGCAGCCAUCCACACUCAAUGGCUCACGCGCACCCUGGGGAGAUUACUGCGGAACCCCGCCUGGGGCCGAGUCCAUUCGGGCCAGAACACAUGGGGCACUCCGCGGCCCUCAAAAUCAGCCCAGCCCAUCAUUAUCCCCACCACCAUCACCACCACCACAACCAUCAUAUGGCAGGCCACAGCGACGUGGUCUCCAGUCAAACGGGAGCAGCUUUUGGCCCGGUUCAGGCGACGUCGGUGCCUUAUUCUAUGUCCCAUCCAGCCGCAGGUAGGGAUUUCCUCAUCCGGAGAGAUCUGACAGCUCAAGCCAUGCCAGUGCUCACUGACCAGUCUGCUGGUUCCGCCUCUCACCACGGAAUGUUUGUCUCAACAACAGGUAGCUACCCCGGACACUACGGUCAUCAUCCUGACGGGAACCAUGCACUCUUCUCUGGACUGCACCACGACCAGGCUGCGAGCGGAUCCCCGGGGGGGCAGGCGUUGAACGGACAAAUAAGACUAGGACUGCCUGGAGAAAUGUAUGUAAGGUCUGAGCACUUAAGUCAAGUGGCGAGCUCCAGGGCUGAUCCGUUCUCCGCGUCGCCGCUGCACGGCUACGGUGGACUCAAUCUGAACAUGAAUCUAAGCGCUCACCACCACCACCACCACCACCACAGCGCGGGGGCCUUCUUCAGAUACAUGCGGCAGCCCAUCAAGCAGGAACUCAUCUGUAAGUGGCAAGAGCCGGAACUUUCACCCAAAAAGCGCUGCUCCAAAACCUACAGCACCAUGCACGAGUUGGUUACGCAUGUGACCGUGGAGCACGUUGGAGGACCCGAGCAGGCGAACCAUAUCUGUUUUUGGGAAGAGUGUCCGCGGGAAGGCAAACCUUUUAAAGCCAAGUACAAACUUGUGAAUCAUAUCCGCGUGCACACGGGAGAGAAGCCUUUCCCCUGUCCUUUCCCCGGCUGUGGAAAAGUCUUUGCCAGAUCCGAAAAUCUCAAAAUCCACAAGAGGACGCACACAGGGGAGAAACCGUUCAAAUGUGAGUUUGACGGCUGUGAUCGGCGGUUCGCCAACAGCAGUGACCGGAAGAAGCAUUCGCACGUGCACACCAGCGACAAGCCCUAUAACUGCAAAGUACGAGGCUGUGACAAGUCCUACACACAUCCAAGCUCUUUACGAAAGCACAUGAAGGUCCACUGCAAGUCCCCUCCGCCCAGUUCGGGCUAUGAAUCCUCCACGCCGUCCUUAGUGUCUCCAUCUUCAGACGUGGGGCGCGAAACAGGGGGCGGCUCCAACGUCAUGUCCGAGCCCAUGGGAGCCAAUCAGGCCGCAAACCUGAGCGAGUGGUACGUGUGUCACAGCUCAGGUGCGAGCGGCGCGCAUACACCACCCAGUGGGCCCUCCACGCCCGACCCCACAGAGGAACCCUCAUACAGACACGUGGAAAGUAGGGACCACUACUGACCACAACCAUGGCACUGAACGCACUGUGGACACGUAAUGAACGAGCCAGAACGGGUUGAGACCACGCCAACAGACACAAUAAUGGAAAGAAAGCUGGAGUGUUCCAAAGUUUGGCUCAAUGUGGCCAGCGUGAUCUACAGUAGCUAACCUGAAGCUCCGUGGCUAUAAGCAUGCUGGCGUCACCCAGUUUUGUAAAUAGAUUUAUUUAUUUUUCAGCCCGAAUAGCCUAAACAUAAGGUGUUUUGUA